GGCCCAGCUGUGUUAAACAGGGAAGCGAUUGGAGUGCAGAGGGAGAAGUGCUGGGCUGCUAGUAGCCACCUGUGGCAAGUGGAGGAGCCAGACAAGGUUAGGAGACUGAUUGAUAGAAAAAGAUUGGACCUUAGAGCAAAACAGGAGGAUGAAGACUUGGCAGGCAAAGUUCCGGGGCUGGAGACAGCGGUGGAGGUGGCUACCAGCGUCGGAGGAGGUCUGCACCCAGGCACAGACGUAUAUGCGUGUCUUUAUAAGGUUGUGGCAGAUAAAACUCCAUAUGGCAGCAUUGAAGAAAUUACACGAAAAGUCUCUAUUGGGCCAACAAGAUUUGGCCAUCCAUGUUUCUACAGCCCUGAGGAUAUAAAAUUGGCAAACCUCACUAUCAAACAUGGUGAGCAGAUCACCUUCAACUCUGUGGAAGAGGUCAAUGGAACGAUGGCUGUGAACUGUGGUGUGGUCAGAAAUAACCAGUCUCAUUCAUUUACUUUGCCCCUUUCACAAGAAGGAAAAUUCUACGAGUGUGAAGAUGACCAGAUAUACACCCUAAAAGAGAUUGCAGAAUGGAAAAUCCCUAAGAGCAGAAAACGGAUUGUCAAACUUUCCAAUACUUUACAUACGUGGGACUCCUCUAGCCUACUUCCUGAGAAUUUUGAUGGCUGCUUGAUUCUCACGCCUGUCUAUGAAGUGCAGGCAGUAAUGAAAUUUCGAAAGGACAUAGUUCAUAUCCUCUCAGAUCUAGAUGUUGAGGUCAAGGAUAUAACAGACUGUUCCGAUAUUAACUCUUUCCUUCAGCCACUGUCUUUGGAAGAUGUAUUUGAGAGAACAAGCAAGGAAUUUCCUAUGGUUGCUGAGAUAAUGGAAGGACCUUCAGGAAGCCAAAAACCUUAUAACUUAUUGCAUACAGGGAAAGAGAUCAUCAUCUACAAAAAGUACCAGGCAACAAGAGUCUUAGCCUCUGAGAUCAGAAGUGAUUCUCCCAAAAGACAUUUUUUAAUCCCUAUGAGCUACAAAGGAAAGUUCAAGAGAAGACCUCGAGAAUUUCCAACUGCCUAUGACUUAGAGAUAGCAAGAAGUGAAAAGGAACAGCUUCAUGUUGUAGCAACUAAAGCCUUUGAUUCCCCUCAUAGAGAGCUUUUUUCUGUUUCUGUUGGAGAUCAAUUUCUAGUUCAGCAAUGCCAGACUAGUGAAGUUCUGUAUGAGGGAAGAAAGAAAGUCAUAGACGUUUUAGCUUGUGAACAAAUACUAAGUGAUACAUAUAAGAAAGUGCUCCUCCCUAUGUACAUGGAAGGUGGCUUUGUGGAAGUGAUUCAUGACAAGAAACAGUACCAGCUUUCUGAGAUUUGCAAAGAAUUUCGUUUGCCUUUUAAUGUCAAAGUGUCUGUGAGGGACCUUUCUGUUGAGGAAGAUGUCUUGGCUGCUGUGCCUGGGCUGCAGUUUGAAGAAGAAAUCACAGACUCUUAUUUGCUGAUCAGUGGCACCAGCAGUCCAGUGGAGAGCUGGGAGAUUCCUGUAUAUCGCUUAAACAUGUCAGUCCAUUUGCUCAGCAAAGAUAUCCAGACAGUUGUACCUCCUGUGACUAAGACAACAGUGGAAGAGAUCAGCGAAGAGCAGUACUAUAUGGUGCGAAGAUAUGAAAACCAAACCCUUCAUCCACCACCCAGGCCUCCCAAAAAGCCAACGACACUUUCACCAAAACAGGUUUUUGCAGUCCCUAAGCAUGGCAUGUCUGAUGUACUACAGGCUCCAAAG